UUUCAUUUACCAAUCGCCAUGGCCAUGAUGAUCCUUAAUUCUUGCUUCUCUGCAGCAACCCACAACCACAAACCCCUCUUUCCCACGAAUCAAUUUUGGGAUUCCAAUUGACCAUUUUCUUCACUUUCUGUUUCUCUUUUCUCUGAAUUUCUCUCUGUUCUCAAAGUCGUGUGCGUCAUUUUCACUUACGCUGUGCGUUUACUAGUUCCUGUGGAUUUGUGUGCUUUUUCUUCUUCUUUCGUGUAAUACUUUGAAGCUUUUCACUGAUUACAAUCAUGGGUAUCUUGUUGUUCCACGAAUCGUAGGUUCUCAAUUCGGCUUAGUCAAACGUCUGCUGAUCGAUUGGUUCGAAUCGAGGCCUUGAUGAAAAAGUGAUGUUGGGUUUCUGAUUUUUGUCAUUCAUUCCAAAGAUUCUUAUUCGUCGUGGAUUUUGUUCCCACUGAAAAAAGUGUUGGGUGAAACUUUCACCGCAUGUGAUUGGAUCCAGUGGAUGAUCUCUUAACCCAUUUUUGACUCUUGAAGCUUCUUAAAAUGUUGUGGAGAAUCAUGUUCCAUCUAAAACCGAAUUUUGGAAAGGUUCAGUUUGGUUGUAAUCCAGUAUGUUCGGUGUAACACAAUCAGUUGACGAGGACAGGAAGCAAAAGAAUCUGAAACGUUCAAGGCCACUUCCGUACAACAUGACUGUCACUGACUCGAGUGUUGCACAGAGUUUGGAUGAUUCUUUCCUUUUCCCAGUUGAAGAGAUUGUACAAUAUCCACUACCAGGAUAUGUUGCGCCCACUUCGAUAACUUUCAGUCCAGAUGAUAGUUCAGUCACUUACUUGUUUAGUCCCGAUUGUUCCUUGAAUAAGAAGGUUUUUGCUUUCGAUAUCAAAACUUCCAUACAGGAGUUGAUUUUCAGUCCUCCUGAUGGUGGGCUGGAUGAGUGUAACAUUUCACCAGAAGAAAAAUUGAGGAGAGAAAGAUUGAGGGAACGUGGUUUGGGAGUAACACGGUAUGAAUGGGUCAAAUCAAGCACCAAAAGGAAAGCAAUUAUGGUGCCUUUGCCUGCUGGGAUUUAUAUUCAAGAUUUUCUUGGCUCAACACCAGAGCUUAAGCUUUCAAGUAAACCCUCUUCACCAAUCAUGGACCCACAUCUUUCACCAGAUGGGUCCAUGCUUGCUUUCGUGAGAGACGGAGAGCUUCAUGUCAUGAAUCUAUCAAACACUGAAGUGAGACAGUUGACUGUUGGUGCUAACCAAAACAUUGUGCAUGGCAUUGCAGAAUAUAUAGCUGAGGAGGAAAUGGAUCGGAAAAAUGGGUACUGGUGGUCACUAGACAGCAAAUUUAUUGCAUUUACACAAGUCGAUACCUCAAAGAUUCCUCUUUUUAGAAUCAUGCAUCAAGGAAAAAGCUCGGUUGGUCAUCCGGAUGCACAAGAAGACCAUGCUUAUUCAUUUGCAGGAACUUCCAAUGCUGUUGUUCGUCUUGGCGUGGUAUCCGUUGCUGGAGGCUCGAUUACUUGGAUGGAUCUUCUUUGUGGAGAGAUGGAGGAGGAGGAAUAUCUGGCCCGAGUCAGUUGGAUGCAUGAAAACAUUCUCAUCGCUCAGAUUCUAAAUAGGUUACAUACCAAGCUGAAAAUUGUCAAGUUUGAUAUCAAGACAGGCCAGAGAAAAGUUUUGCUGGUAGAAGAACAAGAUUCAUGGGUUAACUUACAUGAUUGUUUCACACCAUUAGACAAAAGUAUCAGUAAAUAUUCUGGGGGAUUUAUAUGGGCUAGUGAAAAAACUGGAUUUAGACAUCUUUAUCUGCAUGAUGGUCAUGGAACAUGCCUGGGGCAGAUUACUGAAGGCGACUGGAUGGUCGAACAAAUUGCUGGUGUAAACGAGGCAACCGGGCUUGUUUAUUUUACCGGAACUCUUGACGGGCCUCUUGAGUCUCACCUUUACUGUACCAAACUAGUUGCUGCUGGGAACACACCCUUGGAGCCACCAGUAAGAAUGACUCAUGGCAAAGGGAAACAUGUGGUUGUACUUGAUCAUCGUAUGGGAAGUUUUAUUGACAUUCACGAUUCCCUUGAUUCUCCUCCAAGGGUGUUGCUCUGCUCCUUGAAAGAUGGAAGUGUCAUUUUGCCACUUUACGAGCAAACAUUUACAAUUCCAAGUAUUGAAAGCCUUCAUCUUGAGCCUCCAAAGAUUGUCGAGGUGCAGGCCAGUGAUGGGACAUUGCUAUAUGGAGCUUUAUAUAAGCCUAAUGAGACGAUAUUCGGACUGCCACCAUACAAAACUAUGAUCAUCGUGUAUGGUGGUCCGAGUGUACAGCUAGUCUGUGAUUCAUGGAUAAACACAGUCGACAUGAGAGCUCAAUAUCUGCGUAGUAGAGGAAUCUUAGUGUGGAAGUUAGACAACAGAGGAUCUGCUCGACGUGGACUGAAGUUUGAAGCUUCUCUAAAAUAUAACGUCGGCCGUAUUGACGCAGACGAUCAAUUGAUUGGAGCGAAAUGGCUCAUCAGACAAGGUUUAGCAAGGGCUGGGGAGAUUGGUUUAUAUGGAUGGAGCUAUGGUGGCUACCUCUCUGCAAUAUGCUUGGCGCGGUUUCCAGAUGUCUUUCGAUGUGCUAUAUCUGGUGCCCCUGUUACAUCCUGGGAUGGGUACGAUACAUUCUACACAGAAAAGUACUUGGGAUUACCGUCUGGGAAUCGAGAAGUUUACGAGCGCGGGUCAGUGAUGCAUCAUAUAGACAAGAUGGCCGGGAGGCUGUUGCUUGUGCAUGGAAUGAUUGAUGAGAAUGUGCACUUCAGGCACACUGCAAGGCUUGUGAAUUCGCUCAUAUCGGCUGGAAAGACGUACGAGCUACUGAUAUUUCCAGACGAACGGCACAUGCCUCGACAACACCGAGAUCGGAUCUACAUGGAAGAAAGAAUCUGGGAAUUCAUUCAGAGGAACUUGUGAGAGUACAACUACAACAUAUAGGGAUGGGCACUAACGACAAGUUUAAUGUCCAUGACUUCGGAAGUUUGAGGGCUAGUUGGUCAAAUUGAAGAUUUGAGACUUGAUUGUAGCAGAUUCUUAGGGAGCUUUUGCAGAUUCCCCACCGCCUUUUUUUUUUUUUUUAAAUAUAUUAUAUAUAUAUUUGGCAUUAUCCUUUGUACUUUCACUAAAUUAAUGAUAUAGUUCCUAAACUUUAGUCUGUAAUGAUUU